GCGGGCGGGCGCGGCUGCUCCCGGCCGGGGCUCGCCAUGGAGCCGGUGACCAAGUGGAGCCCGAAGCAAGUGCUGGACUGGACCAAGGGCCUGGAUGAUUGCCUGCAGCAGUACGUCCAUAAAUUUGAACGGGAGAAGAUAAAUGGUGAGCAGCUGUUGCAGAUUUCCCACCAGGAUCUUGAAGACUUGGGUAUUACACGGAUUGGACACCAAGAACUUGUUCUAGAGGCUGUGGAUCUCCUGUGUGCACUGAACUAUGGCCUUGAAACGGACAACAUGAAGAACUUGGUUCUCAAACUCCGAGCAUCCUCCAAUAACCUGCAGAAUUACAUCAGCAGCCGAAGGAAAAGUGCCAAUUAUGAUGGCAAUACCUCGCGCAAGCCUCCCAAUGAAUUCCUGACAUCUGUGGUAGAGCUUAUUGGUGCUGCUAAGGCCCUGCUUGCAUGGCUGGACAGGGCCCCAUUCACAGGUAUUGCAGACUUUUCCUCAAUGAAGAACAGGAUCAUUCAGCUUUGCUUGGAUCUCACUACUACUGUUCAGAAGGAUUGCACUGUGGCUGACAUGGAAGAUAAAGUUCAAGCUGUAUCGAAGACUUUAAAUGGAAUUUGUGAUAAAGCCAUCCGAUCAACUACGGAUCCGUUAAUGAGCCAGUGUGCUUGUCUGGAGGAGGUUCACUUGACCAACAUUAAACCUGGGGAGGGCCUGGGAAUGUACAUCAAAUCAACUUAUGAUGGAUUGCAUGUAAUUACUGGAACUACAGAAAACUCCCCUGCUGAUCGAUCUCAGAAGAUUCAUGCUGGUGAUGAAGUGAUCCAGGUUAAUCGGCAAACUGUGGUGGGAUGGCAACUGAAAAACCUGGUGGGGAAGUUGCGAGAGAAUCCUGCUGGCGUUAGGCUCCUGCUUAAGAAGCGGCCCAGUGGCUCUUUCAAUUUCGCUCCGGCUCCGCUGAAGAACCUGCGCUGGAAACCGCCCCUGGUGCAGACCAGUCCUCUGUCAACUUCAACCCAGUCAGCAGAAAGUACCAUGGACACCUCACUGAAAAAAGAGAAGCCAGCCAUUUUGGAUCUCUACAUACCACCUCCACCAACUGUUCCAUAUGCUCCUCGAGAUGAAAAGGGGAGUUUUGUUUAUGGAGGAGGCAGCAAACCCAGUCAGCCACUAUGUGGGUCCAAGGGUGCCGAAUCUCCGAAUUCUUUUCUGGAUCAGGAAAGUCGAAGGAGAAGAUUUACUAUUGCUGAUUCUGAUCAAUUGCCUGGAUAUCGUGUAGAAGCAAAUAUAGUACCAACCAGAAUGAGAGAAAAAACACAGUCCUAUGGAAAACCUCGUCCCCUCUCAAUGCCUGCUGAUGGGAGCUGGAUAGCAGCUGCGGAACCUUUCUCAAGGCCCCGAGUACCAGGGAGAAAAGGUGAAGAUGUCCUGUGUAGAUACUUCAGUAACGAAAGAAUACCCCCAAUCAUUGAAGAAAGCCCCUCAUCACAGCAUCCCAUUCCAAGGCCAAUGUCUGAAAAGCAUUUGGUGAGAGGAACAGAUUAUAUUCGAGGCAGCAGAUGUUUUAUGAAUACAGACCUCCACAACAGUGCAACAAUUCCUUUUCAAGAAGAAGGCUCUAAAAAAACUUCUGUUACAUCAUCCACAAAAUCUUCCUCUGCAGAGCCCUCACUGUUGGUCAGCUGGAUCACAAGACUUAAGUUGUUGACUCACUGACUAUUGUUCAGAGAACCGUUACAAGUGCCUUUGUUCAUCAGUCAGACUUCUCUGCUUUUCAACUUAACCAAUGCCUAGUGACUAAUGUGAUGUUCUUUUCCUGGAGAAUUCUACAUCUUUCCAUUUUCUUUGUGAUUUUUGAUGGAUCAGAGAGGGUUUUGUAGUGCUAGGGGAGAAGAAAAGAUAAGGAUUAGGUUCUUCCUGCCCAAAAGUGGGAGGCAAUUGUUCCCCUGAGAAUGAGUCAAAUCCCAGUGAUGUAGAGGCCACAUCUGACCUGAAAUCUGCCUCACUAUUCAGAAGAAAUCACUGCAUUACAGUCAAGGCCAGUGGCACUUCAUUUGUCUGCCUGCCCAGAGUGCAGGGUUUGCACAAAAGGCAAGCAUUGAUUUAAACACAGCAAGUACUGCAUGAGAUUCAGCCUUGUAAGGAGGAAGUGGUAGUAUUUUUCUUUCUCUGAUAUCCAGAGACUUGGAUUACAAACCAGGUUGUAUUAAGAUUCCCUUUUUACUGAAGUCACAGUACAAGUAAAUUGCACUGAACAGCAUUGCAGUGCUCAUCCAUAAAGAUACAUGGAUUGCUACAACAGGUCAAGGAGAUGCAUCUGUAGAAGUGGUAAAAAUAUAUUUUUCCUUAAAUGUUUAAGAAUGAUUUGCUGUUAACCAAAGUUACCUUAUAAAGACAGUCCUGUUGGACUUGUGGGAAGUUUUACAGUGGUUCAAUUUUUGAAUGAUGUGUUAUUUUUACAAAAACUAUGUGCUAUGAUACAUUACAAUUGUAAGAUGUCUUGCUAUUUUCUAUAUAGCUGAAGUUUUUAGCCCUCCAGAAUUUUAAAGUAGCAUUGGGUAUUUUGGGAGGAAAAUAAAACUUGUUUUAAAAAAAGAAGAUAUUAAAGAGGUAUUGUUUAAAAAUGUAUAUAAGUUUGUUAGUAUGCCAACAGUUGUGUUUAAAGUAAUUUAAAUGUUAAAUAUAGUUGUAUAUAUAUUUUUUACUCUCACGCAGAUACAGUUUGUACCUUCCUGUCUGCAGUCCUGGGCACAAAUUAGUCAAACGAAAAGAAAAAACUACUUUGUAUUCCCCAUUGUUUUCAAGACUAAAUAUUUUCAUAGGUGAUGCAUUGCCUUUACUCCUUUGCUCUUGUUGAGGAAGAUUUAAAAAAAAAAAUCUUCAUUCAAUAAAUGGUGAAGAAAGGGGAAGGUUUGGACAGUGGCACUGUGAGUAGGGCAGGAAUUCUGUGUGAUAGCACUAGUAUUAAAAAUAAACCCUGGUUUGGGCUGUGGAGCUGCAAACAUUUGGUGCUACAGCAGGUUUAUGUCAUUGUGUUGCAGCCCUGUUGAGGGGGGACACUAAGUUCAGUUCAGUAUUAAUCGUGUUUGAUAGCGACUAAGCUACUGCGGUAAGUGGGAGCUGGUUUUGGCAUUUUUGGUCAAAGCUCACUAUAGCAGGACUGUAGUAGGACUAUAGUGAGCUUUGUAGUACUUUGCACGUCGUCUUGUGCGAACUCCCUGCACCCACAGACGUGGCACUUGGUCGCAGAGACAUGGCCAAAGACAGCUGUAGGUUUGCAGAGGCUUGGUCCUGCCUCGGAGAAGGGGGCUGAGACCAUGAAUCUGCUCUUGUUCUUUUAGGUUGCACCCAGGUACAUUUUUAAGACAUGGAAGCUCAGGAUUGAUUCCAUUGUUCUACUAAGUUCCCUUGAAGUUUGAUGUAAUAAUGAUAGAAGCUUGCCUUAAUUUAACAGAUAACUUGAAAUCACUGCAGCCGUGAGAAAGGAGGAGGUCUGGCCACAAAAGCCGUGUUCCUGUAUACUGUAAAGUUAGUGCACUCUUGUAAGCUAUCUUGAACUCCUUAAAAUUUUUGUCACCAACUAUCACUUACUGCACACUGUAAGCUACAGACCUUCUUAUGUAAUGCAUGGUACGUAGGAGCCCUCCUUGGGGAAGCUGAUAUUCUGCUGACCUCAGGAAAAAAAAAUCACCCUUAGAUUAUCAGAAAUUUUCUAGUAUCUGUUCUCAGUAAUGACAGGCUAUUCUGUGUUACAAUAUCAGUUGCAGGUCACAGUGAUACUGGGAUCUGUCCCGCUCUCCUUUGCUUCCUUGCUUUCCUUUUCUCCCUUUGUUUUUUGAAACAUGAGAUGAGCAGACUGGGAACAAUCUACUCUAGUAUCUAGAAACUUAGAGCAUUUUGCUUCCUGUGCUUAUGACAUGGAUAAAAAAAUAAAACAAAACAAAUGUAUCAAGCAAGCUCAAAAGAGCAAUAAGAGCUGUAACUUAAGGUGAAUUAAACACUAUACCCCUAUAGCCCUGUAGGCUCUCUGACCUAUAUAAGUUGAUUUUCUCCGAAAUGUCUGCUUCUUUAAAGAAAGACCUAACCUGAUGUAGGGGAUAGCUGCUAAGAUGCUGGCUGGAAGAGUCUAUGGGCUAUGUGGAUAUGACUUUGUCUUUUUCACGAGAGGAAGCAAACAAAAGAAGGGCAAAUAUCCAUAUAAGACAAAAUCUUGUAAAUUGAGUUAAGCUCAAGGAGCGGUAGCUGUUCCCCCCUGUUCAUAUGGGGAGGAGAGGAAGUUUGAGGAACUUGGGAGAGUCUGCAACAACUCGGCCAUCUGCAGCUCCAGCUCUCUCCAAGGGACAACUGCUGUUCCUUAGGCUUCCUCUGACCCAGAUAAUUCAUGAGCAGUAUGGAAAACUCUAUGCUGCCUAGUCAUGAUCCUUUACUUUGCUGGCUGAAGGAAAGGUGAAGAGAGCAGCAGGUAGCACAAGAAGCCCAGCUUCACCCCUUCAGGGAUUUUGGCAGCUGCUUUGCUAAUCCAAGUGUCAUGCCAAAGCUGCUGUCCUCCAGCCCAUUAAACCUCGUGCUAUAUGGACUGGUUGUGUACAGCUCUAGAGGUGACCACUGAGCCAGGGUGUUUCACUCAUGUAUUCUCAAAUAAUGUGCAAAUGAUCUCCUUACAAAGGAAGGAAGCAUGGAAUCCUGAUUUUCUUCUGUUACAGAACAGCCAUAGUACUAGAAAGGUCUUUUCAGGAGAGCUGCAGUAGUAGGUGGUGGAUCAGGCUCUGGUUUGGAUACAGGCUCAACGUUGCUGCUGGACAACAGUGCAGUUGGUUGAAUAAGCCUCUGCAGACACGUAGGUCACUUGAUAGAAGUGCUACAUUUUAUUUUCAAAGCAGCAUUGAGACCCCCUGACUGCAUGAACACUAGUGAGGGGGAAAUUAAAAGUACCAGUGCAGGAAGAUGCAAAGAACUAGUAGAAAGCAGGUCUUUAAGAGCAGAUGUUACCUUGCUUUAAGAAAAGUGUUCUACCAAAACUGUUUUCUUCCCCGUGUGACCUCCUUUCCCUAGCAAGGAAUAAAGACCCCAACUUGUUGUGUCCCUGUGCACAGUGUUCAGUGUUCACUCUUAGCCGGCUAAAGCUGAGCAAAUAGCAGCAUGGCACAUGUACCACUGCUGCUCUGGGAAAGUGCUCUGCUUGGUUUGGAAGUGUGGUUUAAAAUGCAGGAGAGAUCAGUAGCAGUGAAUGUCACACUACUGCUGAGUAGGGCUUAUAACUGUUUCUACUAGAAAUUCUCAUGUAUGGAGAAGCAUUAAACAUUCAACUUUGACAUUUUUCUUCAUUUUAAUCUCAUUUGGAGAGGGUGGAAAUCUGUUCUGUGUGAACUGGUUUCUGCCCAUCUCCUCUCUCUCAUCUUAAUUAAAAAGUGAGGGGAAACUUCGGAAAUCCCAAAGACUCUGC